GGCCAGGCUCAGAGCUCAGAGGGAAUCAAGUCUUGCGACAGCUCCAGUAGAGCUGUAGCUUCGCAAUGGAAGAACAGUUUAAUUGUUCGUCUUCAAUCACUUCGCUUCAUCCCAUCUCACAUAUCUCCAGCCUCAUUUGAACAUUUCACAUUGAAUCAGCUCAGCUAUCAUGGGUAUUGCGCUGUCACUCCCUGUCAUGGGAUAUUUCCUCAUGCCAUCCCUGACCAGUUACAGCACUUCUCUGAACUUGCUCUUCUUUUACAUGACAUGGAGCACUCUUGUGCUCAGCCAGCCGCCACUGAAGGUAGAGCUGGUUGGAACUGCUGCUAUUCGAACGCUCUUCUUCUUCAUACCUGCGCUUCUAUUCUUGAUCGUCGACUCGAUCGUUCCGAGUGUCGCAGUGAGCUUCAAAACUCAAGGAUUACAAGCUUUACCGACUAGGACUGGAGGAGGCCGAGGAUCGCGCAGAGGUGGCGGAUCAGAAUGGUAUAAGGUCAUUGGUUUGAGCUUGUUCAACAUAUGCCUGGGUAUUGCUAUCCAGGCGGGUGUCGAGUUACUUUUCACGCAAGUCCUCGGCUUCAGGAGCGCAUUGAAAGUUACAACUACUUUACCAAUGCCAUGGUCCAUAUUAAAGGAUGUAGCCAGAGGAUUGGUGCUUCGUGAGAUUCUCCAAUACUAUGCACACCGCUUCAUUCUACACCCUAAAUCUCCCAAUUAUAUCAGCAGACUUCACCAGACUUACUUUCACUCCAUUACCGCCCCAUAUUCUUUCACGGCCCAUUACGAUCACCCGCUCCCUUACCUCCUCUGGCGCUUCCUCCCAGUCUAUCUUCCAUCGAUUAUGUUCCGAGUCCACCUCCUCACCUACCUACUCCUUGUAUCUAUCAUUACCAUCGAAGAGACUUUAGCCAUGUCAGGCUAUACAACCGUGCCUGGAAUUAUCCUCGGCGGUAUUGCAAGAAGGCAAGACCUACACAGCGAAGGACAAGGACAAGGAAACUUUGCGCCGUAUGGUCUCUUGGACUGGAUACAUGGCACAGGAAUCGGCCCAGAUGUAAUUGAUGAUAUGCGAGACGAAGCAGAGAAGCAUAAUGUCAAGGAGAGAAGCGGGAAGGCGUUGGAAAAUGCCAAAGAUAGUGGUGUUAAGGCGUGGAAUGGAAGGAAGAAGAACUCCAGGAAGUCUUGAGGGUCUUUCAUAUAUUUUAGGGUCGGUGUUGCUGAGUUGCUCAAAAAUACACGGAGAUAUCUUGGAAUGGCUAGCGUUCGCGUUGGGAGGUUUCUCUGAUCUUAUACCCUCUCUCGUUGCGCUGCUUUCGCUUUUUCACGGAAUUUGUUUACUCGUAUGUACGCAGUCUAAUUUCAGGAAUCAUUUUCGGUUCUUAGUAAGGCUCUUGGUGUGGUUUUGUCGCAAUCAAAAUACUUACUCUUCGUGUAACUUGGGAAAAUAAGCGAAAACAGGGGCUUACCGAGAGAACGGGGAGCGAUUCAUUCGAACAUAGACCUUCACUUGUAGACAAACACCACUUGGAAUCACU